ACUAGAAAAGUUUCGGCUGCUGAGAGAACAAACUACCUGCUGACGGAGAAAAGAGUGAAGAUGUCCGAGUUAAGCGAUGAGGCCAGUGAGUCAGAACAGCUGGGUGCCAGCCUCUCCCUGUGGCUGGGUGACUCCCUGGUGCGAGCUGAGGAGCUGGAUGUCCCUCUGGACCUUCACACCGCCUGCUCCAUCGGCCAGUACGACGUGGUGGCUGAGUGCAUUAAAAAGCGUGAAGUGGACCUGGAUGGCAAGAACAUUGGAGGAUGGACCCCACUUAUGUAUGCGUCCUACAUUGGUCAUGACAACAUUGCAAAUCUGCUGCUGGAGGCCCGUGUGAAUGUAAAUUCCACCACUGCCAAAGGACUCACACCCCUCAUGUUGGCCGCAAGCUGUGGGAACGAAAGUAUCGCAUACUUUCUGCUUCAGCAAGGGGCUGAUUUGGAGUUGAAGGACUCUCGAGGCUGGACCGCUCUGUUCCACUGCACAAGCACAGGCCACCAACAGAUGGUCAAGUUCCUGCUGGAUAACAAUGCUGACGCCAAUGUCAAGGAGCCAGGUUCUGGCUUCACGCCACUGAUGGAGGCUGCUGCUUCUGGGCAUGAAAUCAUUGUUCAGUACUUACUUGAUCAUAAAGUUAAAGUGAAUGAACGCAACGCCAAAGGUGAGACGGCGCGUGCUCUGGCUAUGAUGUACAGCUAUACCAAAAUUGUCAGCCUCAUUGACUCACGUGCUCCAAGAAUGAAACCAGGACACUUUGAAGAUCUGAGCUCCUCCGAGGACUCGGACAGUGCACCACCGAGGACACGGCCCAGCCGAAACAGAGUUAAAGGCAUCAGCAUCCACGAUGGGCCUCAGGCCAUCGCCAAGUUCCGAGUAGGAGGCACCAGCAAACUGUGUGAUCCUCCUGCCGCCUUGCCAGGGUACAUGAUGUUUCGUGGCAUUGGGGAACAGAGCGAGGGUCUCUGCUACCGUGAUGUGACUUCGCCUAUCAAUGAACUGGAUGGCCAGAGCAACAGCAGCAGAGAUGACAGUCCAUUCUUUGACCAUGACAUGCCCACCAUGAGGAGCAGCAGCAGCAGCAGCGAAGGCCUGCCUCAUGUGAUCGGCCUCAACUGGGAAGGCUCUGUGGAGAGUAACGAGGACUCUGACCAGUGUAAAAAGAGCAGCAUUCGCAGAGUAAAUAAGGGUCAUCACUCAAAAGGCAAGACUCGCCACUGGAACAGCGAUGGAGCUCACUCCAGCGGGACAUCAAACUGUGGCGCUUGUCUUCCGCCUUCCUACACUGGCCCAAAGGAUCUGGCAGAGUUCUUGGAGCAAAUUGGCUUCUCGAAGUAUCUUCCGUUACUUGAAGAGCAAGAUAUUGACCUGCGGAUCUUUCUCACCCUGACAGAAAAUGAUCUCAAAGAAAUAGGGAUUACUCUGUUUGGACCCAAACGCAAAAUGACUUCAGCCAUUGCGAGGUGGCACAGCAACGCUCGACCACCCAGCGAUGCUCUGGAACAAGCUUACGCCGACCAGCUCGAGGCUGAGAUGCAAGAGAUGGCCAUUCAGCUACACAAGCGCUGUGAGGAGGUUGAGAGCCUGCAGAGCCAGGUGUCUCAGGAGAAGGAGCUGCGCACAGUAAUGGAGGGAUGUCUAAUGGAGGACAAAAUGGCAUGGAAGAAGGUCCACGCUGAGUUGGUGGAGAACCACCGGCUGGCUCAAAACAUGAGUGCCAUGCUGGGGAAGGAACGGGCGUGCCGCGGUGAACUGAUCUCCUGUUUGACCACAGAUGGGAUCAGCAGCUCUGCCACUGCUGGGGAAGGAACUGGUGUUAAAGCUGGGGAGGGAGCGACGCGUUCCAGUAUUCAAGAGCUGAUGAAGAAGAUGGAUUUGUAUGAAGAAGAACUGGCUGGAAGUCUGCAAACGCUGCUUCAGAAUCUGAGGCGACUGAGUGCCCCAGAAAAAGUCUCAGAUAGCUUGGAACGACCCUAAGCUUUUCAGGACCUUUUUGGAGCACUCGACGGAGGGUGAUUCGCCACCCUGAACAAUGUCACUGAAAUGGGAGAAGGCCAAAUACGAGGCCAGCCACACCAGGGCCAGAGCGGCUCGGGGGAGCGAAGCCUCUCUGCUGAUCAUCUGGGAUUGGCUGAUGGGCCAGAGCUCGCCAGAUGUGGACGAGGCUAACAAGGGUGACGCAGCUGCUGCAGGAAAACGACAAGCAGGCACAAGGGUACCUGACCCUGACAUGCCUGUGCUGGUGUUUGUGGAAUGCUGUAGAUGGGCUGUGAAAAUGCACGAGGUGAUGGAGGGGACAGAGGUGAUGGAGGAAAUCGUGGAUCAGGGGUUGUAAUACUGUGAUAUUUCUACGUAACUGUACUCAAAAGUAUGAAAUGUGGUUGAAGUGAUGUUUAUACCACCAGAUGGAGAGUUGGAUUAUAAAAGCAGGUUAGUAGUCAAACUUAAAAUGAGCUCUGCAGUUUAUUUGAAUGAAAUCUUGUCAUUUGUAUGUUGUUAUGUUUUUGAAAAUAAUGUCCUGCUGAAUGCCUUUUAAAUAAUGUUAGAGAAGAUAUUAAAGUGGGUCUAUGCACAUUUCAAACUGCAUAUUUUGGUUAUGCAGGAGUUGGAAUAAUUUUUGUAUAUACUGGAUCGCUUUAGCCUUUACGUUUGAGGACACCAUCCAAGGUUUGAACAUGAGGCGUGAGGCUGCUGUACUCACACUCACAGGUCUUUGUAUCAACAGAAAGACCCAAGACUGAAAAAUGUGAGCACCCACUGUGGUAAUAGUAUGAUAGUACACACAGGGAAAAGCAUUAUAGGUCCUUCAGUGUUACAGUGAUGCAUUAUUACUCUCACAAGUCUUCUAAUUCUGCAGACAUAUGCAUAUGUAGACACUGAGCUACGGGGACUGAUAAAUCCCCAAAAUUUAAAAAGAAUUUCUGUAUUUGAAUAUCAGUUAAAACCUGCCUACCUGUACAGAUAUUUUAGGAUGUAAUUAUAAACCAAACUUGAAGAACUUUGUCCACAGCAGUUUUAAUUAUGUGAUAAAUUAUUUGGCAAAAAAAAAAGAAGUAAAUUUGGAGUAAAGGUGCCCAAAUUUAAUUUUUAUUUCAUUCUAACACUCUUAUUGGGAUUUGCGGUGCUCAUUGGGAGUUUGUGUUCUGGGAUGUAUGCAACAUUUACAAAUGUCUUCAGAGUCUUCCUCUUAAAUCCUGAAUCACUCUUGUCACUUCUGUAUUUAAUGUAUGACUCAGACACUCCAGGCUUUCUUACACUAUAAAGUGCCUCGAGAUGAUUUAUAAGUAUAAGAUUUGGUGCUAAAAUGACAUUUAACAGAAUUAAUGUGGUGGUUAAAACGAGUCUAUUUGUGUGGUCAAUAUUUAAUCUGUCAACACUACAGGGCGCUUCUGCACAGGCUGAGCCUCGGGGUCAGGGAAUACCCGUCUGAUUGUCAAAUGUCUCAUCUGAAAAUCCACUACUGUGCCCGAGGCCUUGGCGCUAGUUCAGGAAUAGUCACACUUACUGCUUAGCUGCAAUUCUGGCACAUUGUGGAUGUUGGCCGAUUUUUAGCCUGCAGGUUUUGCAAUAAGCACAGCCUUCACACAUCACUGCUCUCCUCUCACAGCAGGACAGCUCCUGUUACUUCAGAUGGAAAAAUGUGACAUAAGCAAACUUUAAACACCUGGCUAAAGUCCCAGUCUUAAUUUUUUUUGGCAGAACUGCCAGCCGAGUAUCUAUGUCACUAUUAAAAUGUGCAUCUUAGCUGAGGUAAAACUA